UUGGUUUUCGGCAUCUAGGGCGAAUCAUACACCGCGUCGAAAAAGGUGUGUGUGGAAAACCCUUCGUCGGCAGCGGGCGAUACCGCAUUGCGAGUGGUAGCCGAAGCGGCACAGUGGGUCUAUUGGUCAUGGCUCUUUACCCCUCUAUGGGCCUUCGAUGUACUUAUACCGCUCGGGGAGCUCGACUAUGCAACACCAAACCGCUCGGGGAACCACAAACUGCGACUGAAUUUCCGCGCACGUCAUCGAUUGGGAGGUAUAACAGGGCCGCGAGAACGCUCUUGGGGACUGUGUAGGAGUUUUGCGACACUUUCCAAAUCUGAACGACUGCUUUCCGCGCAGCACGCGCAUUGUUACACAUAUUCAACCUCUUCCCCGAUACGAACGCAAUAGGUCGUAUGAGCAGCGAACCAAAAGGCAGCACGCCAGGAUCAAUUAACCCACACUGCAAUCUGACUAGAGUCAACACUUACCCUCACGCCGAAUUUACCAUCCCACCAUCGGACACACUUUCGCCAUGCCAAAGUGCCCAAACUCACAACGCCGAUGCCCCGGCAUCGGCCAGCUUCAAGGCGAAUCGCCCAAGCAACACUGCAACUGGAGAUGAGAAAGCUCACCGACCUCAUGAUGAGGAAUCUCGAUCAACUUCUAUCGCCAAUGACGAAGUAACAUACCCUGAAGGCGGCCUAGGUGCCUGGUCUGUCGUUCUGGGAUCGUUCCUUGGUCUCAUCGCCUCGUUGGGCAUGAUGAACACUGUCGGCAUCUACCAUGCCUACAUCGCCGAGCACUAUCUUGCGGACUACUCCGAGUCGACCGUCUCAUGGAUCUUCAGCAUGUACGUCUUCCUGUCGUUCUUCUGCGGACUACAAAUUGGACCCAUCUUUGAUGCCCAUGGUCCGCGACUCCUGGUGCUGGCAGGUAGCAUCCUGAUCUGCCUGUCCAACUUCCUGCUCGGCUUGUGCACAUUGUACUGGCAUUUCUUUCUCGUCUUUGGCGUGCUCGGUGGUCUCGGUACAUCCUUGAUCUUCACGCCCGCUUUUGCAGCAGUGAGCCACUUUUUCCUGCAGAAGCGCGGCAACGCAACGGGUAUUGCUGCCGCUGGAGGAUCGCUGGGCGGAGUGAUAUUCCCGCUGGCUUUGGAGAAACUGCUACCGAAUGUGGGCUUCCCAUGGGCGACUCGCAUCAUUGGCUUCAUCACGCUUUUCUGCUGCGUCGGCGCCUGCUUCCUCAUCCGCUCUCGCCUACCACCCAAAGCUGGACAGUCAGUAUGGCCAGACUUCCGGAUCUUCAGCCAAAAGAGCUACUUUCUCCUCACAGUCGGCAUAUUCAUGAUGGAAUGGGCGCUCUUCAUCCCGAUCACGUACCUCACUACCUUCGCGAUCAGUACCGGCGCCUUUAACCCGUCGUUCUCAUACCAACUCAUCGCCAUCUUCAACGCAGGAAGUUGUCUCGGUCGCUGGGUGCCGGGUCUCCUUGCCGACAAGCUCGGGCGCUUUAACAGCAUGAUAGCUGCACUAGCAGUCUGCUCAGCUACAUCACUGGUGUUCUGGCUCCCCGCAUCGCUCCUUACACCCACCACUGAGGCCGAGGCGACAGCUAUAAAAGCUCUCUCUAUUGUUUACGCAGUCAUCUUCGGUUUCGCAUCUGGCUCGAAUAUUUCCCUCACGCCGGUUUGUGUAGGCCAGCUCUGCGAUACGAAUGUGUACGGGAGAUACUACGCUACUUGCUAUACUGUUGUCAGCUUCAGUACGCUCACGGGUAUCCCUAUCGCGGGGGCUAUCAUUCAGGCUACAGGUGGGCACUACUGGGGUGUGGUCAUCUGGACUGCAGCUUGCUAUAUAGUGGCAUCGCUCUGCUUCGUGUGGAGUCGCGCACUCCAAGUUGGCUGGAAGUUGGGUGUGAAGUUUUGAGACGUGGUGUCCGGCUGUGUAGAUUUGCGGGGAUGCCGCAUGUCCAUGGACUUGAAACUGCGCCCUUGGAGAGGCGAUCCAAUCGCCGUAAAAGGAGAAUGGUGCAGAUCGGAGGAAGAAGAUACAGAUUGCUGGAAGAUGGCUUGAUUUGCUUUUGCUUACUGCGCUCUGGGACGCCACAUUUUGCGUCCUCUUACACUCUUUUACUUGGUUUUCAGAUGAUCUUCUCAGCUGUAGCAAACGAAGAAUCAAACAUUCAUUUUGCGAC